CAUCCGUCACUUCCGUUCUCUUCUUGUCAAACAUGGCGUUGCUUCUAAGGACGUUGGGCCGUCAGGGUGUGUCUCUCUACAGGCCACAGUGCAGUGUCUUCUACAGACAUGCUGCUCCUAUGGGAACCACGGCUAAGGAGGAGAUGAACAAGUUUUGGGCCAAAAAUGCCAAAUUAAACCGACCCAUGUCUCCCCAUCUCACCAUCUACCAAUGGUCCGUCCCCAUGAUGAUGUCUAUCACACACAGAGGAACUGGUGUGGGGCUCAGUGGAGCUAUCUCAGCCUUUGCGGUGGCAGCUCUGGUUUUACCAGGAAAUUACCCAUAUUACCUGGACUUGAUCCACUCGCUGUCUGUGGGCCCCUUUCUCAUUGGGUUGGCCAAGUUCGGCAUCACCUUCCCCGUAUCUUACCACACCUAUAACGGCAUCCGACACUUGUGGUGGGACAUUGGCAAAGGCUUCAAAAUCCCAGAGGUCUACCGCACCGGUUACACAGUUAUCGGUCUGUCCAUCGUCACCUCCAUAGCCAUGGCUUUGCUCUGAGCACGGGAGGAUGAGCGGAAAGGAAAGGACGGGUGGGUGUUGAAGGGAAUGUGGACAGGAUGCACUGUGGGAGUUUUGUGUACAUGUUCUGGCCCAAUGCAGGCUCCAUUUUAUCAAAGUAUUAAAUAAAGAAUUAUAUUAUGCUGUA